CAAUAAAUCUCUGUUAUUAGAAUACGUCCCCUGGAUGUACACGCGAUUGCUGAUUUUUUUUAAUGCUGCUUGUCUUGUUUGUCAAGCCAUAUUAAUAAAAUUUAAUUUAUUAAUUUAAUUGUCUGUUUUAUUUGAUAUUGUUAUUGCGUUAAUUGUACUUCUAAUUACAAUAUGAGUGGACGUUUCUUCAAGGGAGUUUCCGAUUCAGAAUCUGAAUCUUCAGAAGCUGAAUCAGAUAUUUUGCCAACCCGGCCUCAUCCGGCUGUUACCUCAGCUUUCCCUGUUAGCGAUGAAGAAGAAGAAGCAAAGCGAGUCGUUCGUACUGCCAAAGAAAAACGGUACGAAGAGCUUCACACCAUCAUCAGGCAAAUUCGUAAUCACAAAAAGAUCAAAGAUAUUUCCAAGAUGCUUAGCGGUUUUGAAAACCUGACCCGUGCCUUUCAAAAAGCUAAACUGGUCAUCGAGAGGGAAGAAAAUAAUAAGAUUCCAACUUUUUACUUGAGAUGUCUAGUUGAAUUAGAAACAUUCGUACACGAAACGUGGGAAGAUAGAGAAGGACGUAAAAAUAUGUCCAAACAAAAUUCUAAAUCUCUUGCUACUCUUAGACAAAAGUUGAGAAAGUACAGUAAAGAUUACGAAACAGAAAUGAAUAAAUACAAAGAAAAUCCAGUUGAAGAUGAUGAAAAGGAAGAAGAAUCAGAAGAUGAAGAAUCUGAUGAAAGUGAUUCAGAUGAUGAUGGACCCAUGGAUUUCAUGAAGAAGCCAGAAAAGGAAGUCAAAGAAGAUUUCAAAGAAGAGCCCAAAAUUGAUAAAGAUGUGGAGGAUGAUGAUGAAAGUGACGAUUCUUACUGGCAAGGCUCAUCCGACGAAAGUUCAUUAACAAGUGAUGAUGAAAAAUACGGUGGAAAUAGGGCUAAAAAUGUAUUUGAGAGAGAUACUGACAAAACUAAAGAAACUACCAAGCGAAGGAGAAAGCCCAAAGAAGGUGAACAUCGUAAACAACGGAUUCAUGAAGAGGAAGAUGAACAAGAAGAAGGUAGAUGGAAAGAGGUCCAACGAGGAGGAAUUCCCGGUGAGAAGCCCAAGAUGUUCAGUAAAGAUGAAGAAAUCAAUCAUCAAUCAGUUAUUAAAAAGUUGCUCGAAAUUCUCGCUAUGAGAGGUAAAAAAAGAAUCCAUCGUAGCGACCAAAUCGAAAUGCUGGUUGAACUAUUGGAUAUUUGUGGUGCUCACAAAUUAGGACCUGCAAUAGAAACAAAGGUCACUCUCGGUAUCAUCGCUGCCCUUUUUGAAUACAAUCCCAAUGUUUCACCCUGCAUGAAACCUGAAAACUGGCAAAAAUGUCUCAAAUUCGCCAACCUUUUGUUCGACAUAUUGUUAGAAAAUCCAGAUAUUGUUGUAAGCGAAAAUAUCGCUGAAGAAGCUGAAAGUUUUACUGCUCCUUCAUUCCGAGUUCACGGAUGUGCGCUCACUCUUGUAGAAAAGAUGGAUGAAGAAUUUACUAAACUACUCCAAGCUGUUGAUCCUCAUUCACCUGAUUACAUCGAAAGAUUGAAGGACGAAAAAAAUAUCUGCACCAUAAUUGAAAGACUACAGACGUAUCUUGAAGCUAAUCAAAAAGGUACAUCUUCUGAGUUAUGUCGGGCUUACAUUUUGAGAAUCGAUCAUCUUUACUUUAAAUUUGAUCCACUUGUUUUCAAAAAACGAGAACAACAAGCUAAAGCCAGGGCAAAUAGUCUUGUUAAUGGUGAUGGCGUUCAAACAGAACCCCAAGAUGAAGAAAAAAAAGAAGGCGCUGUUGAAGAGAAACCGGAAGAACCUCAAAUUGGCGAAACUAGCCUGGAAGUUAUUGACCGUCUCUGCAAAUAUAUUUACGCUAAAGAUGCGACCGAUCGGUUGCGAACUCAGGCUAUUUUGUGCCACAUUUAUCAUCAUGCGCUUCAUGACAAUUGGUUUGAAGCUAGAGAUCUUAUGCUUAUGUCUCAACUUCAACAUAAUAUUCACAAGGCUGAUAUCCCAUUACAGAUAAUUUAUAAUCGUGCUCUGGUUCAAUUAGGACUCUGUGCUUUUAGACAUGGUAACAUAAGAGAUGCUCAUCAAGAUUUAUUGGAUAUCCAAUUUUUCGGAAGAGCCAAAGAAUUAUUAGCUCAAGGUUUAUUACCAAAACCACAGGAACGAACUCCAGAACAAGAAAAGAUGGAAAAAAGACGAUUGUUGCCAUUCCAUAAGCACAUUAAUUUAGAACUGAUUGAAUGUGUUUAUUUGGUUUCAGCUAUGCUAUUGGAAAUACCUGAUGUAGCUGCGAAUGAGUUUAGUGUACGUAAAAAGGUAAUCUCUCGGUCUUUCUAUAACCAGCUAAGAAAAAAUGAGGAGCAACCUUUAGUUGGUUUACCCGAAUCAAUGAGAGAACAUGUUGUCGCUGCUUCAAAGGCCAUGAGAGUUGGUAAUUGGAAAGCCUGUCGUGAUUUCAUCAUCAACGAUAAAAUGAACACUAAAGUUUGGAACUUAUUCUAUCAAGCUAACAAAGUUAGAGAGAUGUUGGUCCAAAAAAUUCGUGAAGAAUCCCUUCGAGCCUAUCUUUUCACUUACAGCCAUGUUUAUGAUGUGAUUUCUUUGGCAACUCUCAGUGAAAUGUUCGACUUAGAAAACAAUAUCGUACAUAGUAUUAUCUCUAAGAUGAUUAUUAAUGAAGAAUUGAUGGCUUCUCUUGAUGAACCAACUCAAACAUUGAUUAUGCAUCGUACUGAGCCAUCUCGAAUCCAAGGAUUAGCCUUGCAACUUGCUGAUAAGGUAACUAAUCUAGUUGAUCAAAAUGAACGUCUCUGGGACUUCAAACAAGCAGGAGCGUUUGGAGGUCAACAACAGCGUAUGGGCUAUCAAAAUAGACAAGAAAACCAAAAUCGCAACUACCAGGAGUAUGGCCAAAGACAAGAACGUAAUAAUAGAGAAAAUAGAAGAUCAAAUUAUGUACGAAACUGAUCUAUUCUCAAUUUAAUAACAUAAAUGCGAAAAUUCAUGAAAAUUAA